CGGUGUCUGGACUGGAGCAUUGGUGUGUUUACCUCUUUGUGCUACGCGCGCGUUGUUAGUUUUACUCGUCUGUUUACAAAUAUUACGGGAACGGCGGUUGUUUUGCGUUCAAGAAAUCACAACGAACCGCCGAUUCGAGAUUUGAUCUCAUCUUUUGGCUUCCUGGAAACACAGCAAGGACGGAUUGUCUCUUUCUUUCUGGAUGAAAGGGUUCCUGCCGUGUUUUCGUCCUUCCUCCAACGUGGACUUUACGAGCCGUGAGACCGGGGAGAGAGUCACGCUGUGGGAAUAAAAAAAAAAAAAAAAUCACACGCCAGUGGAGGAGGACGCUUCGCUGACCUGCUUUAGUGGAUUAAAGGAAUGCUGCUGUCGAAGCUGGCCCACAUCUCCGCCGUAGAUAUGCCGGCGAAAAUCCAGCUCCAAGUUCAACAAGUGAAGGACAAGGAGCCGUUCGAGAAGCUUUAUCAGGUCGGCGCCGUGAUGGGCAGCGGCGGCUUCGGCACCGUCUACUCCGGCACGAGGACUUCCGACGGAGCUCCGGUUGCUGUCAAACAUGUAGCCAAGGACAGGGUGACGGAGUGGGGAGAACUGCCCAGCGGCUCCCGGGUUCCCAUGGAGGUCGUGCUGCUGAAAAAAGUGGGCACGGGCUUCCGCGGCGUCGUCAAGAUGCUGGACUGGUUCGAGCGGCCCGACAGCUUCAUCAUCGUCAUGGAGAGGCCCGAGAACGUCAAGGACCUGUUCGACUUCAUCACCGAGAAGGGCGCCCUGCCGGAGGAGCUGGCGCGGAGCUUCUUCCGCCAGGUGCUGGAGGCCGUGCGCCACUGCCACAGCUGCGGCGUGGUGCACCGGGACAUCAAGGACGAGAACAUCCUCAUUGACCUCCGCACCGGAGACAUGAAGCUCAUCGACUUCGGCUCCGGGGCGCUGCUCAAAGACACCGUCUACACCGACUUUGAUGGCACAAGAGUGUACAGUCCUCCGGAGUGGAUCAGAUAUCACCGCUAUCAUGGGCGCUCGGCGACCGUGUGGUCCUUGGGCGUCUUGCUGUACGACAUGGUGUGUGGGGACAUCCCGUUUGAGCACGACGACGAGAUCACGAGGGCGCAAGUUCUUUUCCGGAGGAGAAUUUCUGCAGAAUGCCAGCAGCUGAUUAAGUGGUGUUUGUCUCUGAGGCCUGCCGACCGCCCGUCCCUCGAGGACAUCAUCAACCACUCGUGGAUGCAGAACACGUCCUCCUCGGUUGUGCCAGCCACGGUACAGACCGGUACCGCGCAGACUGAAAAAACGACUACGGAGAUCAGGCUGCACAGCAUCGGCCACGAGCCCACCGCCUUCACGCCCACCCCCAUAGCUGUGGCUCGAUGAUGGAGGCGAACUGGACUGUACUGACUCAAAAAAAGAGGCUGUUACAAAAAAAAAAAAAUAAGAUCUGUAAUAGACCAAAAGCAGAGGUACGUGCACAGAACUGCACGUUCUGCAGGGUCACCUUGUGGUUUCAGCUUGGCUGAUCAGAGCCUCUCCACGCCGCUGCUCGAUCAAUCACUGAUCGGUGCCGCAGCACCGGACUCCGAUCCAGGCGGCGGGUGCUCCAACAUCUAAGAGGGCGAGAAUGGACACCUGCAGAGUGAGCCGGCCGUACAGCAAGUGGACAGUAACGCUCUCUUCCUCGAGCUCGUUGUCACAGCAGAGGAAAGAGCGGAGGCGUUCGUGAAGAGAUGCCUUCAUUAUUUUUUUUAAAGUGCCUUCUGUGAGAUCUGUUAAGGCGGGGGGGGGACCUGAAAAUACUUGAAUUAGUGAAGUCAAAAAGGCAGCAACCUUUUUGUUUCCUGCUCUGUAGACUUUGUUUGUUGACAGUUCUUUCCUCUCGUGGGCCUAGAUCCGUAAAGCCCGUGUCAUUUACAACCACUACUAUCACCACUACUCCAACGUCAUUAGCAACCAGACGACCUCAUCGCUCCGGCAGCGACUCGUGCAAAUCAUUAACGAGAAACACUGGACUUACCUCGGUCUAAUUGCUUUCAGCAUCCACCUCUACUCUACAACCUCUGCUUCCUUCUGUUCCCGUGCACGGACACGUGCACACACAGACCCGUCGACCUGAACGCACACAGCAAUGCAAACCUAAAUCGUACCGAGAUCCGAACAUCCUCUGCUCUUUAAAUGUUGAGCCGUGCCUCACGCAGGUCUUAAGAGUGGAGUGGGGACAGAGCUGUAAAAGAUAUUUAUUGUUGCUGUGACUCCGCUCUCACAAGCAAAGCGUUGUUGUUGUUGUUGUGCAGAGUUAAUUUAUUUAUUUAUGAGAGAAUUUUGGGCUGUCUUAUGAGCUGAUACUAUUUCAUUCCUCAGUCACUGAAGGACCCACAGAUUAUUUAAGAGAAAACCAAAGGGGGAUUAUUUUUAUAUUUAUGGCUUGAAUCGUUUUUUUUUUUUUUUUUAA